AGAUGGCAGCAGCCACGAGUGAUGGCUGAUUCCAGGAAGUGGAGCUCUCGAUGGUUCCACGUGUAUUUGUAUUUCCUGUGUCAUUUGGAGCGUGUUGUUCGUACAGUCAUCAAGCAAUGCUAAUGUUACCGGGCAAAAGAAAUGGGUCCUAAGAGAGAAAAUAAUCGAAAAUGGUGGAGAAAUAAUUCACAGAGGCACUUUAAUAAAAGGUAUAGGUCAGGUAUAUUGGAAUCAUCAGAGGCAAGCACACCAGCAAGUUCCUUAUCUAGUGGUAAUCGGAGCUCUACAGUGCCAGAACUUCCAGGGUUUUACUAUGACCCCGAAAAGAACAGGUAUUUCCGCCUUCUUCCAGGACACAAUAACUGUAACCCAUUAACCAGGGAGGCUAUAAUACAGAAGGAAAUGGAACAAAAAAGACUUCAACUUCUUGAAGAAGAUAAAAAUAGGAAGAAAUCCACCAGGCCUGGAGUAAAUGCAUCUAUGCUUGUGUGGAAACGACAGCUUGGACUGAUGCCAUUUACAACCUAUUGCAGACGUGUUCAUGAACUCAAAGUGAACUGUAUGCAGAGAAAGGAAGUCCAGAUUGUCAACCCAGAGCCUGUUGGUCCAGGAACACACAAAUUUGAGUUUAUUCUGGCAGAUUCAUCAUGCCAAAGAUUAUUUGCAGUAAGUGACAUGGAGAAUGGGUUCUGUAAAUACGGUCUUCUGAACCUUAACGGACUGUGGAAAGAUGUGCCCACUGUGGAAAGUCAUGACAAUCCCUACUUUACAAAUCAUAAGGUAAAUGUUGCAUGUUGGGCCACACUCACUGGACCAGACUCGCAUGUCCUUAUUUCUCUCCUGGGAAGACAAGAUAGUCCAGGCUGUGUUAGCCUUAUACCAGCAUGUCUGUUCAAGAACUUGGCCCCUGACGCAGAUGAUGGCCAACCUGUAAUGCUAUACAAUAUCAAAGUUUCCAAUGUAUGGAGCUGUGUAUGGUGCUUAAACCCUCGACUGGAUUGUAGCUUUUCAGCAGGGCUAAAGAAUCAAGUCCUUGUAAUGAACACUGCAACAGAUGUUCGGCGUACAUUCAAAACAAAUAGUGAUGUUUUGGCCCAGCAGUUUGCUACAGAGAACUUACUGCUGUAUAAUGGGUGUCGCUCUGGAGAAGUAUUCUCUAUUGAUAUGCGUGUCCCUGCACUUUCUCCAUCUAACUGGAAAAAGGGGACGUCUUUCUUCCAGAACUCUGCCAUCACUUGUCUACGUCUUCUUCAGGAUGAAAAUUACUUGAUGGUCUCUGAUAUGUCUGGACAGAUCAAAUUGUGGGAUAUGAGAAUGGUAAAAUAUUUACAGCAAUAUGAGGGACAUAACAAUAGUUAUGCCUAUUUACCACUGCACGUUAUAGAAGAGGAAGGAUUGCUCAUUGCCGUUGGCCAGGACUGCUACACAAGAAUUUGGAACCUACAAGAUACCAGACUGCUCCGGACUAUCCCUUCUCCACAUCCAGCGUCUAAGGACACUAUACCAAGUGUUGUGUUUUCUUCCCACUUAGGAGGGAAAAGACAGACUGUUCCUGGCAUCCUUAUGGCUGUUAAGAAAGACUUGUAUCACUUUACAUAUAACACAAAUACUGUGGAAAAGGAAUAUGAUAGAAAGCCUUGGCAUCCAAGCAAUUGCUAGUGCCUUUUUGAAUCCAUCACCACUCUUUCAAUAGAGUCGUUGAAAAGAACUAAAAAAAAAAAAAAACAAUCAGCCUUAAGCCCAUAUAUUCCAAGGAAACCUCACAUCUUUGGGACUUUAUACACUUUACUGUAAUAAGUGUCCCAGAAGACAGCAAGACCAAUCGCAGUGCAACAGGAAACAGGCUGUGAAGCCGCAUUGGCUUUCCUUCCCGUUUCCCUUAAUGAAGAUGCCGGGAUGGGGUACCGACAUCGCAGGAUACCUGGACACAUACGUUUCCCUUAAAUUUCAAGUCAGCAGCUACAGUAUUUGCAGCUGCUGAGUUUUAUUUUAUUUGUUACAGGCUGGAACUCUGCUUUUAUAGAAGAAUGUAGACUAAAAACUCUGCAGCUAAAUUAUCUUUUUUUUUUUGUCUAUUAAAAGAAAGCCAUCUUGCAAA